GUAACACCAUCUUUAACCCCGUAAUUAGUUUACGUUCUAUAGCGGGUUCGUGUCGGUUAAUUUUACAUCUUUUUCUGUUUUUUGUUUUUAAAACUUCAAAAUACUAGAAACCAGUUCGGCGAUGAAUUAGUUUUCGGAUAUUUGCUUUUGUAGUUGUGAAUGAUUACAUAUUUUAAAAUUAUUAUAAAAUUUCGUAUUUUUCGUGAAGAGUGAAUACCGAAGUGUUCGAUUAAUGAAUCGUUGGUGUUGCUGAUUGAAAAUCGUGUACAGAUAUUAACCUGAUCAUCGUCCGGACGUGAAUCAAAACUGGUAUUGGAUCUUUCUAUAUACUCAAAUGCGAUCAGUCUAAAAGGUUACCAUAAUGUCAGCAGCGGAUGAAAGUACACCACUUCUCAGAAGUGAAUCCUUAUCUGAUCAAUCACUGCCUAAAAUCUAUUCGACGAAAAAAAAACAUUGUCAAAUAUUCUCGUUCGUUACUUUAUUAAUAAUUUUAGCAUUAGCCGGAGCAGCAAUCGUAUGGAUUAUAUCAGCGAAUAAAUCGGCAGCGUCGACUCCAGUAGCCCAAAAUGAUAGUUUAAGACAGUUACUUAAUAAUUCAUGGCCCAGACCAGAUACGCAAAUCGCAGAUUUGCCGUUUACGUCGUUAUCGCAAGUAGACAUCGAACAAGCGAUUGAUGAAGCUAAACAGACGCUGGAAAAACGAGAUGCUAUUGAAAAUGAGCUGGAACCUAUAUCCACAGAUAGUCCUUCGUACAGGCACCAACAUGCUAUUGUUAAUUCACCUUACGGAUACGAUAUUUCGAAAUUAGGAUAUAUUGAAAAUCAAGCCACCAAAUACCUCAGAACGAAAGGUGUAGAAAACGUAGUUCGAUACGAAUCCGCCAAGGAGCUAAAAUGGGCAUCUGAAAGUGAUUGUAUUAAAUUCAACUCGAGCAUUCCGUGCUCGUUUUCCAAAUAUCGUACGGUAAACGGAUCGUGCAAUAAUUUACAGCAUCCUCAGACAUGGGGUGUAGCUAUGACUCCGUUCCGUCGAGCUUUACCAGCCAAUUACAGCGACGGUACAUCUGAUCCACGAGGAGGCUUCGAAACUGAACUACCUUCAGCUCGAGAUAUCAGUACCAUGGUCCAUAGACCCGUCCAUAGAGAAGACGAUAAUUUCUCCGUGAUGUUAGCCGUGUGGGGUCAGUUCAUCGAUCACGAUAUUACAGCUACAGCGUUAUCUAGAGGUAAGAAUGGAAGUACAAUUUCGUGCUGUGGUGCUAAAAUCAAACAUCCGGAGUGUUUCCCUGUGCUGUUGAACGAAACGGACGUGUAUUACAGUAAAUAUAGCAUCAAAUGUAUGGAAUUCGUUCGAUCUGCGCCUGCGUUAAGGUGUUCAUUUGGUCCUCGAGAACAACUGAAUCAAGCCAGUAGUUAUUUGGAUGGUUCGAUGAUCUACGGAAACACAGAAGAAUUAAGCUAUCAAUUACGUUCUUUCCGAAACGGCGAACUAGAGGUUACUUACACGAGCGAUGGUCGAGCUCUCCUACCAGUUUCCAAAGACCCUUCGGAUGGUUGCAAUCAAGCCGAAGAAAUCAAAAAUGGAAGAUACUGCUUUUUAUCAGGUGAUUCCAGAGCCAAUGAGAAUACACAUUUGACAUCGAUGCAUUUGAUAUUCGUCAGACAGCAUAAUUCAAUCGUAGAACAACUCGCCGGAAUAAAUCCACAUUGGAACGAUGAGACUUUGUACCAAGAAGCAAGGCGAAUUGUGGUUGCUCAAGUUCAACAUAUCACAUACAACGAAUUUUUACCCAUAAUUAUUGGUUCAGAUAUGAUGACCAAAUUAGAAUUGUAUUCAUCGACUACCGGACACUGGGAAAAAUAUAAUUCGUCGAUAGACGCCACGAUCGCUAAUAAUUUUGCUGCUUCGUCGUUUAGAUUUGCUCACACCUUGAUUCCGCGUUUAAUGAAACUGGUAGCAAACGAUACUUCGAGUCCAGAAUACGUCGAGAUGCAUAAAAUGCUAUUCAACCCAUUUGGAUUAUAUAAAGGCGACUUGGACGCUAUAAUUAGAGGCGCGUUAAACACAGAUAUUGAAAAGGCUGAUAAUUACUUCACAACACAGCUGACUGAGAAUUUAUUCAGAAGUCAUUCAAAACCGAAUACUACUCACUCGUUUGGUUUGGAUUUGGUUGCACUUAAUAUUCAAAGAGGUAGAGAUCACGGUUUACCGACGUACCCGUACUGGCGACAAUAUUGCGGAUUCCAACAAGUGACUACGUUCGAGGAUCUGCGAGGUGUUUUCGAUGAAGAAUCUUUGAACAUCAUUUCCACGAUCUACAAAAGUGUCGAUGAAAUUGAUUUGUACACGGGAUCAUUGUCCGAAUAUCCGAUCGAGAAUGGGUUACUUGGACCAACUCUGACGUGUCUGAUUUCCGAUCAGUUCUUUAGGCUGAAAUAUGGUGACAGAUUCUGGUACGAGACGAACGAAAAACCGCAGCGGUUCACUGAAGAACAACUGAAUGAAAUCAGAAAAACAUCAUUAGCUGGAAUAUUAUGCGAAAAUUCGGACAACUUGGAGAACGUAACUCCAUUCGUAAUGAAAUCUAAAAGCGCCGAAAACAAUCGUACCGCAUGCCAUAAUAUAUCUCAACCAGAUUGGACUAAAUUCAGAGACGAAUCUUCUAAUAAAUCACAUUACACGAGAACUAAUCGAGUAAAUGAAGAAACCGUUGAUUAUCAACCAGCUUCUCAAAGCAACUAUUUGGUAGAAAAACGAACCGGACAUCGUACGAAUUUUGCAGACGACAAAAUUGCUUCAUCAUCACACGAACUACCUACUUACACAGAAGAUCAACGAAAUUCUUCUAUUCCGCAUUCUUUCCACGAACCAAAAUCCGAUCAAGACGAACAAUCACGAAAAAAUAUCACUAAUUGGGAAGAGAAUGGAAUACUCAACGAUAGAUUAAAAUUUUUGAGCGAUGAAGCUAGAGCUGAUUUUGAUCGAUACCGGAGUUCUUCGAAUUUACAUCCUAAUUCUACACCGGAACACGAGGUCUCGCAUCGUUUCAAUGAAAACGAACUCAUUGAAAAUAGGUUACACUUGAAUCCGGUAUUCGACGAAGAAUCGCAGAAAUUCAUCAACGAAUCGUUAGCUGAUUUAUAUCGACGAUACAAUUCAUCGCGUUUACAUCCCAGCUCCACAUCGGAACAUGAGAUCUCUCAUCCUGAAAGGGAAUUACAUCUGAAUCCAGUAUUCGACGAACAAUCGCAGAAAUUCAUCAACGACUCAUUAGCUGAUCUUUAUCGACGACACAAUUCUUCAGUAGCACAUCCUAUCUAUGCACCGGAACAUGAGAUCUCGCAUCCUAUCGAACGGAAAUUACAUCUGAAUCCAGUAUUCGAUGAAGAAUCGCAAAAAUUCAUCAACGAAACAUUAGCUGAUCUAUAUCGACGACACAAUUUUUCAGUUCCACAUCCCAGGCCUGAACCAGAACACGAGAUCUCACAUCCUAUCGAACGGAAAUUACAUCUGAAUCCAGUAUUCGAUGAUGAAUCGCAAAAAUUCAUAAAUGAAACAUUGGCUGAUAUAUAUCGACGACACGAUUCUUCAGGUGUACAUCCUAAAUCCGAAUCAGAACACGAGAUCUCACGUCCUUUCAAUGAAAACGAAACCAUUGAAAAGAAAAUACACAUUAAUCCAGUAUUCGAUGAAGAAUCGCAGAAAUUCAUUAAUACGACAUUAGCUGAUCUAGAUCAACGAAAAAAUUCUUCAGAUUUACAUCCUCGCCACGCUUUCGAAGACGAAAAAUUCGCCAGAAUUCAUAAUACAACCGAAGCCGAAAAAUACUUCCCUGAAAUCUUCAGGAUAAGAUCUUUAGUGAAUCCUACGGAACACCGUAUCAAAGAACCGAAAAUUCACAACACUACUUUAGUAACAGAUCGUGUAAGAAUAAACGAUGACAAAUCAUUCGACAUUACUCCACCUAUCAAAGUUUCGGAAGAUCAAUACAAGGAUACAUUAUUCACAUGGCGGUGGUCUCCACAAGCAAAUGCUAUAAAAGGUAAUUUCAGCAACGAAAAAGAAAACGGUACUUUCGAGCUGAAGUAUAAAACUAUCGAAGGCAAAGCUCUGAACCCAGAUUGCGUUUAUUACUCGAAGAUCUCAUCGUUACCUAAUUUCGAACUGAAUACUACCGCAGAACCUGAAGGAUGUUCCAAAAUAGUACCUGUAAUAUUCAACGAAACUGAAUGGGAUGGUAAAAUCACAUUCCACGAUCACGAUUUACCCAAUGAUCUCGAGAAAGAAAACGAACUAUCGUUGAAUUCCGAUUACACUAGAAUUACGCUGAAAAAUAUCACCGGAAAUGUCAUCAUGUCUGUCGAAGGAGAAAACGUAAUACUUUGGAAUGGUACACUUCCGGCGAUUUUUGAGCCUAAAAUGAGUUGGCUAGAGAAGGCCGAUAUAGCCGCAUACCCUGUAUCUUGGUCCGGUUUCGAUAUGGGUGGCUUAUUCACCGGAACUUUCAUGCUGGCCGAAAAACAAGACGAUGCGGUUAUGUGGCACGAAGGUAGAUUCUCGCUGAAUUUAAGCGGCUACGAAGAAUUAAUUCAGUCGAUUCGAAUCUACACUACUGUUAUUUAUUUAACCGAUAACGAAGACGUCGGAUUCGAUAUCACGGAAAUAGAAGAAAUCACCGAAUGGGAUUUAAAUCAGUAUUCUCGUUUAAUUAUGAAAGGACAUUACGUAGAAAGUAGAUUCCACUGGAAUGGAGAACUCACACUAGUUCUUCCGAAAGUAACUGCAGAAGAAAGUAAAUCGUCGUCGUACAGACCUUACACCAGAUACGGCGGAGAAGUUCUCGGCGGAUCGCUGUACGCCGAAUUGAACGGUCCUAAGUAUUUAUGGUGGUCAGGAGAAAUACCCGGUACAGUUUUGUUACCUGUUGAUAUACCUCGUGGAUAUAAACAAAUCUUUGACCAAGUCAUAUUGUGGACGUUCGUUUCACAAAAUGCGAAUUUAAAACACGCUGUUUUUGUCACCUAUUGUAACGAUAGUCGAAUAGCGUUAUCUGGAGACUUUGAUUUCAAACUCACGUCUAUUCUUAAUACACCUGAUCUUAGUCCUAAUACCACUUAUUAUUCGCCGAUCGUAUUGCAACAAAGUAUAAACGAUUUUAACGACGAUGUCGCUGAUAUGUUAUCCAAAAAGGAUAUUCCCGGUACCUUGGCACCGAUCACUUUACUUGGUAGGUAUUUACGAAGAGAACGUCUGUUCGCAUGGAAUGGAAAAUUUGUUAUCUCAGUAGUUGAUAGUAACUAGUUUAUGUAUUUUUUUUUUUCAAUCUACGUCAUAAUUUUGUGAUAUUAUUUAAAUCUGUGGUUUACAUUUAAAUGUUUGUUCUGCGUUCCUUUGUGAUUAAAAAUUUUUAAUGAA